AUUCUAUUCAUAAUUCAAUGUGUAUUGAUAUUUUUAUGCAACUGAACAAUUUUGUAAAACUUGUGUAAAUAUCGAAUUUCGUAAUAAUCGUAGAACUCGAAAUCAAAUUUUCCCGCGGGCAUAUGUAAAUUCCCGCCAAUUGUAUGGCGUUUCGAUCGAUUAGUUAGGUUCAGUGAUUCGAUUGACGUCCAGAGAGGUUAAACUUCUGCGAAGCCGAGUGAAAUUCAAAUUUAGCAAUUGACGUAACGAGUUGUACCAGCGACCAGUUCACCACGGUUUAUGUUGUUAGCAUCAAUGGAUUCGGACGAAAGAAUGGAAUGAGUUGGACUAGAGAAAAUCCAAUGACGUCUUGAAACGUGUAGGCGUACCAAACCUAAAAGAAGGUUUUACCAGACCACCUGUAGCGAUCAGGAAGUAUCUCGGGCCAAAUAUAUAUACAAGAAGGCUCUAUAACAAGGAGGAAAAAAAAGAGGAAGAAAGGAGGCCAAUAAGCGAUACGUCUUUUUCUCGAAGCAACGAAGGAAGGAAGGAAGGAAGGAAGGAAGGAAGAAAACCGAAGAGAAAAAAAACGAAGGAACAAGACGAGGGGCGUCGCGGAUAGAUCCGAUCCUGAGUCGCGAUUCCGAGGAGCGGGGGCGGCGGCGACGAAGUGGAAGGCAACGAGGAGGUACCGACAGUAGCUCCCAGACAGUGACUCCGCGCGUAACGACAUGUAACCGGUUGAUAAGUUUGUUCACGGUGUUAUGUCAUCGAUGACAAUUGUUGGACGAGCGCGUUUCCAUCGUGGCCGAUUCGUGGCACAGUGGUCGAGGGAUAGGAUAAAGUGUCGAUCCCGGUGAAACGAAGGAGGAAGAAAAAUAAACGAACAAAGUAAAUAAACAAAUAAAUAAAUAAUAAUCCCUUCCCGAAAGGAGAGACAGAAGGCGCGCUCGCUUGGAAACGGACCUUGAAGUGGUUCGGUCGAAAGGAUUAAAGAAUUUCGAGGAGAGAGAGAGAGAUUUAGGGUGCGACAAGGCCGGCGCAACCACCGUGUAACCAGCGCGCGCGAGAGAGAGAGAGAAGAGAGAGAGCCUCGCGAAGGAAGAGAAAGAGAGAGAGAGAGGCGAAUGUCGGAGAAGCUCGAUGGGUCGAACGUACUCAGUGCUGCCGUAAGCUCGACGGAGUCGACGCCGCAAGCUCGAUGCAAAUCGACGUUGCAUAGAAGACCGAUCCUCGGAUGAAAAUCGUAUUCGUACGAAUUUGGAUUCGGGCGGACUCGGCUCGGCUCGGGUCCCUUCGGUUCGAGCCCGAUUCCCGCGGUCCGUGCCGUUCUUCGCUAAAUCUAAUCGCGAAUACAAACAGGAAUUAAACCGCUCUCGAGUGUACAAAAUUUCUUUCUUCCCGAAGCUCGUGUGCUCGCAAUAACGGAACAGCGGAGAGGGAGAGGGAGUGCGUGUCCUGUGCGUCUCGAAAGCGGUGGGUCAACAAUGUCAAUGCCCUUGAGAUCGAUCGUCCAAGCCGCUUGCCCGACCAAACCGACUUGUUGUUUGUUAAUGGACGGUGAGAAAUUGACUUCGGGGUGAGUUCGAAGGCCGGGGCCGGGCGGGUGGGGGGAGACCCGGCUGCGCCGUGAUACGAACUAAUUGCUCGGUCGAUGGAGCCGCGCUAGAAGACUGCGUACGACUUUUCGACUCGUUCUUUUUUCUUUUCCCCCUUUAUCCCAACGAACUCGGAGAAACUGUCGCAAAUACGUACGUAUGUUUACGUAGCGCGACUCGUUGGGAAGCCGAGAGGUGGGGUGGGGGAGAAUAGUUGGCGGGCAAAGAAGAGAAGAAGGAAGAGGAAGUAACAACCGCUCGUUGGAUGGAGUGAUGAGCGGGGCCCCCGCACGGGGCACAGCGCCCCGUCGUCAAAGACGUCACCACCACCACCACCACCACCACCACCAGAAGCGCCACCAGAGGCAGGAGGCGGCGGAGGAGGAGGAGCCGGAGGAGAAGCGGCCGAAGGUGAACCCGAUAUUUCUCUGGGCCUCGCAGCGGGAGCAGAGGAUAGUCGAGGUGAGAUGCGAGGACUACGACAAGCGGAACCGCAUCAAGCUGACCAAGACGGCGCAGGGAUGGCGCUCGAUACCGAGGACCGCGUCCAACAUGUACUCGGGCGUGACCGCGGCCGCGGCCGUCGCGCCAGCCCCGUCGUUCCAGGCCCCGGCCCCGAACUCGUCCGCCGCCCGUCCGGCGGCCGACGGCCGAAAACUCGGCGGGCGGAAGAGGGGGGCGAGGGGCCGGGCGAAGGAGUCGGCCAACGGCGCGCUGCGGGCGGGGAGGAAGAGGGGGGGCCGCGAUGAGGCGGGAAAGUCGGCUCGCCGCGCUUACGGUUUCCCUCUCGAGGAGAUGAGGAGCAACUGGGACGAGGAAAGGGUGCGAUCCUCGGAAGAGGAGGAAAAGGAAGAAGAGGAAGAAGGGAACGAGAGGAAGGAGGAAGGGAAUAAUAAUGGAAUAAUAAUAUCGGAGGAGGAGGCGUGGAGGGGCAAGAAGGAGAGGAGGAACAACAACAAGCUGGAGAGGCUGCAGAGGGACAAGCUGUUCCAACCGCGAGUCGUGCUGGAGCAGCUACACUUUUCUCGCUUGCCCGAGGCCGUUCAUCGGAAUGUCCUUCAGAGGCGGAGGGGGAAGAUGAGCGACGAGGACGAAGAAAACGACGAAGAAGACGAGGAGGAGGAGGAAGAGGAUGUUAUCGACGAGAGGAGGAGGAGGAGGAGGAGGAGGAGGGCAGCGGAGAGCCCGGAGAAAAGGAGAAGGAACAAGGCGGGCAUUCAGGACAUAUUGAACAUGAUCGACGCAACAGCCUCCCCGGUUCUGGCCACCGACACGCCUAGCGCCGAUCUCCCCGUCGACUCCACGAAAACUUACCAGAUCGAGCCUGCCGAGCGAUCCUCCAACGAGCUGGUCACCAGCUACCAACAGGUAGCCGACGACAAACCUGGUAACCCGAGUAACGAGGAGAAAAUAGAGAUACACGAGGAGAAAAUUCUCACCGGUUAUCGAGAGACCGAGAGCGAAGAGGAGGAAGAUGAAGAGGAAGAGGAAGAUAUAAUUUCCGCGAAGAAAAGCGACGGGCGGUCGGAGGAGGAGCGGCCGGACGAGCCGGGCGGCUGCGAGGAGCCGGCGAAGUUGGCCGACUACAACGACAGCUCGAAGAUCCUGAACGCGUUGAGGAACACGCCCGGCCUCUCCGUCUCCGUGACGAGGAGCCACGCGGCCGAGAAGGCGGCGUUGCCGAGGCCCGCCUCCAAGGCGUCCUCGUCGAGCCGCUCGCCCGACUCGCAGGCCGAGUGCGCGGAGAGGCUGCUGAAAACCGGCAACAACGCGCUCGCCGAUUCCGCGACCGAGUCGGGCGCCGCGAGAAACCUUCCCGGUUUAUCGAUCGUCAUUCCGAGCUAUCGAUACCGAAAUCCGAAUCAGCCGACCGCGUCCCCCCCCAAGUCGCGCGUCGAGUCUCCGGAGAGCACGGUGAAUUUCCCUAAGAGCGAGGAGGUCGAGUCGAAGUUGGACGGAUUCCUGCACGAGGAAGAAGAAGACGAAGAGGACGAAGACGAGGAGGAAGACGAAGAAAGAGAAAUGGAGGAGGAGGAGGAUGAUUGCGACUCGCAAGUGUUGGAGGACCUGAGACGCCAGAAUCUGGAUUGCUUGCACAGGCAGGGAACGGGGAACUCGGAACAGGAACGGUCGGCGCCGACCGAGAGGAAGAGCGGAAGGAACAGCGAGGCGCAGGCGAAGUGCAAGUACCAGGACGUGGAGCACUUCGACGAGCAGGUGCUCGAGGAGUUGAGAACGCGAGGGACGGUCGUGUCCCCGCAGCCGAGCGGGAUACCGUGCUCCCCCGCCUCGAGGAGGCCGUCCUCGGCUUACCUCGAGAGGCUGCUGCCGAGCCCGCCUUGCUCGGUGUCCUGCUCCGAGGACGCGAAGAACGAUUUGACGUUGAAGGGUAUACUGUCCUCCCCGAGCCAGAUGGAGAUUAGGGAUCACGAGAAGCAGAGGGAGAUCUCGAACAGGUGCGAUCAGGUGCCCAGCGACCACCUCCCGACCCGGCUCGAGCAUCCUGGGAGGAAGGGGGGGGCGAAGGGUUGUUUGCAGGAGGCGAGGAACGGCGGGGGCGGGAGGCCGAUGUCGAGCGGCGACAUCCACAGCAGCACGUAUCUCGAGGCGAGGGGGGCGAAGAGGCCCGUGUCCGCCGAGUGGUGCAGGCAAAAGAGUCAAUCCGCGUGCCAGAGGGGCGGAGGGGCGAGGGUGCGCAUGGAGGAGGGUUGCGCGACGUCGACGAGCACCGACAAGCUUCUCGAUCCGGCUAGUCAACUUAGAGAAUUGAUCGAGACGUCGGGACACCUGAUACCGGACCCCCUCCUCGUGCCCAGGGACUAUUUGCCCGGGCUGGCGGCCUCCCCGGCCACCGAGAUACCGAAACUGUUGGCGUCGAGGCCCGAGCUCAGGUUGCCGGAAGCGUUGACCAGGCCCGACCUCCUCCGAGAUCCGGAUCUGUUGGUCAUAUCGUUGGCGCAUCUGCAACACGUGCUGGACCACGGCGAGGGGCCCGUCUCCAGGUCGAGGCAAUCGUCCUCCCAUCAUCCGAGGAUCGGGAACGGGGCUGGGAAAGGGGGAGGCCACGCGAGCAACGGGAGGAGGAACGCGGUCCAGACGAGGCCCAAGCUGAGCUGCAAACCGAUCGGCACCCUCAUGCCGGCCCCCAUCGAUCUUUCCAGCACCCGAAGGACCAAUACCUAUUUGCCGUUGCUCAGGGUGAGGAGCGGUUUGCUUAAACAGGAACCGGAAGUCAGCUCCACCGCUAGCUCCCCCGACGAGUCGCAACUUUGGCAUCCCUUGUUCGGCAGCCAGAAGAGGCAGCAACAACACCACCAGCAACAACAGAAUCAACACGGCCAGCAACAGCAGCAACAGCAACAGCAACAGCAACACAAGCAGCAACAAAAUCAUCAUCAUCAUCAUCAUCAACAACAACAACAGCAACAUCAGCAUCAACAACAGCAUCAACACCAGCACCAACACGCCUCCUGGCACAGGACCACGUUGGCGUCCUGACCACAGUGACCUUGACCCUGACCACAGGUCGACGAGUAGUCCUGAUAAAGGAGUGGAGAGAGAGCAUUCUUCCCGCCGCUGGCCGAAACGCGAUCGAUCGCCGCGACCACUUCUCACUCGCGGCUCGAUAUUCGUGAGAAGAAGAAGGAGGGAGAAAAGCAAUCAAAACCGCCGUCAAAUACCAAAAGAAUGCUCCACCGGUGUUCCUACAAACUUUGAACAUUCUCUUCGACCUAUUCACCGCGAUACUGUUCGUCGAAACACCUUCUCUUUGAUCAUCGUCGCUGCACAAAUUUCCCGUGUUCCGCGAUAUACCCGUGAGCCGCCGCCAUCAUUGCUGUGCUCAUCGUGAGUUUCUCUCUCUCUCUUUCUCUUUCUCUUUUCCUCUCUGUCUCCUAUCCCAUUUUCUCUAUUCUCCGUUUCUCUCUAUCGCGAGCCCGCUUUUUGCGCCUACGAUCGUAUCUUUAUUCGUGUUUUUUCGUGAUUCUUUCUCCCUUUUCUUUCGUUCGCCACAUACGAGGAAAAAAAAGAAAGAAAGAAAGAAAAGCAUUCGACGCUUCGCCUCGAUUCGACUUCGACCGACAUAUCCCGGAUAUCGUAACAUUAUUCUACGCUGCGUAGAAACUAACAGAGAGAGGAGAGACUCGUUUCUCUACGUUUCAACAGGAUUUUUCCAUUCAUCAUUGAAUUUUUAUCGCUUCGUUGAAACGAUUUGUUCGGUAUAGAGAUACAUAUUUUAGUUCCCCUUUUUUUUUUUGCAUAAUUUGCAUUUUGGAGCUGCGUUGAUAUUUCUUUCUUGUUAACGUUUUAUUUUUUUUUUUUUUUUUGAAAAUUAAAACGAUAUCGAGUUAAAAAGCUCCCUUUUCGUCUGAUCUAUCUCUCAAUCGUAUCUUGGUUUCUUUAAUUCGUAAUUCGCGAGAGUUAAACAAUGUGAGCGAACGCCGUGACGAAUUUUUUAUUUUCUCGAGGAAUGAUAAAAAUAUUAUUUAUCGAAUUGGAAGAAAGAACUCGAAGAAUCCACGUUCUUUGUCCUCGCUGAAAACGGCGAGUGUAAUAAUAUGACUCAUUCGUUCCUUAUAGAAGAAAUAGAUCGAUCCAAGUUGUAGCGAGUAGCAAAGAAGAAGGAGAGGGAAAAAAAAGGUAUUUAACCGCUAAACGAUAGGGCGUUAAGAUUGUAAUAGAGAUAGAAGCGCGCGCGCGGAGCAGAAUGUAAAUAAAAGUUGGCGUGUUUACCGUAUGAUGUGUAAGAAGUAAGUGCAAUGUAUCAUAAGUGAAUGUAAUUUCAUAGAAUUUCUGAUGGAAACUGUACAAUACGUAUCUGUAGGCUAACAGGCUUGCGCAUAAAGAUACGCGUUGUCUUUCAGAGUACAGUGAGAUCGUUGUUUCCGUUUCGAACAAAUUUCGCAUAUCGUUCGCCAUCAUCCUUCCACUCGUGCGUUAUAAAUAUUAUACUUAAAUAUUAUUAUAUAUGUCAAAAAAAAUUCCUUCGUUUCACUUUUACUUUAUUAUUAUUAUUAUUAUUAUUAUUAUUAUUAUCGAUUCUCCGGUUAAUUCAAUUUAUCGAAAUACCACACGUUUCACGAUUUUCAAGCGUUAAAUAAUAUUUGAUCAUCGUUCGACGUUUUGAUUAAUCGUUGAAAAUUUGAAAUCGGUUACGUUGUAUUAUUUAUUUAGAAACGAGAAUCGUUUAAAUCCUUCGAUAUGAAUAAUUUUUUUUGGGGAAAAAGAUAAAUCUAAUACACGUUAAUGGAUGAAUAUAUAUAAAUGAGUGAAAAUAAUAAUUUGUAAAGUGAAUAAUAAUAUUAUUAUUACAAUCAAAAAUUGGACGAUUCUCGUCGAUUGCGUUUAAAAAAAAUUUUAAUUCUCGAUCGUUCCAACUUCCUCCGAUAUUUUAUUUUCGUUGCGUAUCCUCCGUCGGUAAUUUCAAUUUAUUGUUGUUAUUCGAGCAUUGUUGUAAUUAUUUCUCUACUAUAAAUAACUAUUAAUAAUAUUUUUCUCGAGCAAGGUAGCCGAGUGAUAAUCCAAUAUAAACGGCGUAUAAGCGGCGCAACGUGCAAUAGUUUUUAAUUCGAUCAUUUCACAUGAAUCGUCACGGCGAUCGUGAACCCUUCUCACGAUCCUCACAGCGGAGACAAUUAACAGCGAUACGAGCGAUCGUUUAAUAUUCUGUAUCCAUGUCGAGUUUACAUGCGACCGACUAAAUCCAUCUUGAUUAAUCUCUCUCUCUCUCUGUCGAGAGAUUGACGAGCGAGAAUUUGAUUCAGAUAAGGGAAAAUAAUAAUAAUAAUAAUAAUAAUAAUCAUCUCGGUCGAUAAGUUAGUUUUUUUAGAAUUUGUUACUAGAAAAAAAAAAAAAAAAAAAAAGAGAAAUUGAUCGAAUUUAUUUAUCUACCGCGAGACGAAGAUUUAUCAAUUUUUAUUAAGAUCGAAUAUUUGAAUCGAUGAAAGGCGGAAAUCCUUUUUUUCACCCAAGUAUCUUGAACGGUUGAAAAAUCAAUAAAGCAGCCAAUGCUUUCGUAUCGCCGCUCACGAACAACUUAAUAUAGCUAUGACUAAUUAGGUCAAAUCAAUUUUUUUAUAAUCUGCAUCCGUUAAGGUUUAAAUUGUCCCGUGAACUAGUUUGUCACAAUAUAUAUAUAUUUAUAUAAACUCGUUAAGAAGAAUAUGUAAAGGGAAAGAAAAUUAUUUUUACUUUUUUUUUUAUAUCAUUAAGAUAAAAAUUAGAGAGAAAGAGAAAUCUGUCGUCUCGUUGUGAUAAAUAUCUAAUGUGUUAUUUUCUAUGCCCUAUUGAUUGAAUCAUCUCAAGUGCAAAGUAUUUUGUUCAUAAAAGGACUUCGAAUUAUCGAUUAUCUGAAAAUUGAUUUGCUUCACUUUCACGUGUAAACUCGACUCUAUGAUAAAUCGGAUUACAGUUGUGAAUUCAUUACCUUAUGCGAUCACGAUUGAAAAAAAAAGGAAAAUGUGACUAUGCGCGUCUGAAAUGACGAAAACAGGUGCUAUUCGAUAGUUAAAAAAUAAAGGGAAAAAAAAAAAAAAAAAAAAAAAAAAAAAAAAGAACGAUAAAGUAUUUCGGUGAACGAAAAAAGGAAGGCAAAGAAAGAAGCGUAUAUAGAUAGAUCUUUUAGGUAGAGAAAAUAUUUUGCAUAAUGUACACGUAAGGAUACACGCGAUUGUAUCAAAAUAUCCACGAUCCGAGUGUACCUAUGCAUAUUUCGUGAAAAAGAAAAACUCCCCUUAAAAUAUAUUUCUCUCGGUAUUUGUCGAGGUUGGCAAUGCGGGUUCGAUCAAAAGUAUUUGUAUAAUUUCGCUUAUUGCGAUUGCAAUGAAAAUAUUCACGAUUGACGAAAUUAAAGGAAAUUUUUUUUUCCAAGAUGUAGAUAAUUAAGGGCAAAAUUAUCCUCGUACGAGAAGUAUCAAAGUUAGAAUUUUAAUAAUUCUACGACUUGACGUAUUGUAUAAACGUAUGUUUUUAAACCACGACACCACGGGCCAUGUUUAUUUAUCUAGUGAUAAUCGAUCACUGCGCCAUCUCCGCUUUGCUAGCUUCAGUCCGGCGAAGUGUACGUACGGUGUAUCGUAUUAAUAAAAUUAUUAUUCUCAGUUUUACUCGAGAACAAGAAGAAGAAGAAGAAGAAGAAUUGUAUCGUAUCGUGUACAUAAUUCGUGUUUAUCAUUUUUGUCAAACUAGGAAGGAAUUAAUAAAUCCGUUUUUUCAAAUUAUUCGACGCACGUUCGUGAGGAUGAUUACGUUUGAAAAAGUAACGUAUAUACGUACGACAUAUAUAUGUAUACAUCGAUUGAAAGUGCUUGAAUAGAAUAUCGGUUCAAUUGUGGGAGAAAUUGUUAAAUGUUGUGUGGAAAAUAAACCGGCAAAUACCGAGAAAGACGAGAUCGUUGUCAAAGAGAAUUCGAUUAACUCGGCUGCGACUGGAAAAGGAAAAAAAAGUAAAAAAGAGAACCCGACAUCGAUACGGGACGAGGUUUCAAUAAACGGAAUUGUAUACUAUUAAAUGCGCGUAUCUCCAAAAUAGAUGAUGCAAUUCGAUGUCCGAUUAUAUGUUCCCGAUUUGCAGUUAACAGGUUGCCGUAUAUCAUUCUGUUUUCCUAACGAAUCAUACUUUCCAUGAUUUAUGGAUGAAGGAAACGUUCUGUAUCACGCAAAGUCAAACGAGCGCGUUAAAUAAUUCAACAACGUUCCAUGUACAUGCUACAUUCUUAACGAGUGUAUGAAGAAACGUAGUGGUGCUCGAUAGAAAUGUGCAAAUACAUAUAUAUAUAUAUCUCCUCUUCUGGUAAAAAGACGUUCGUCGAAACGGUUCGAAAUAAUGUAAUAUAUUUUUUUAUCGAAUAUCUUUCAAGAAAUUUACAACAAAGAAAAUAGAAAGUAGACAAUUAGAAAACAUAUUUUUUAAUUUCUAAAGAAGAUUAAGAACGUAUUAAAGAUACUUUUCACAAUAAUAACGGAGAGAAUGUAUAUUUUUAAUUGAAACGGAAACUAUUUUCUCUUUAAUAUUUACAUUUGUGAAAUAUUGGUAAAAUACUUGUUACUUUCUAUAAAAACUUUUUCUAACAAAAGUUUAAAAAAAAAAUAAGAAAAUAAUGUUAUUUUCUAUUGAAUAUUUUUCAGGUAUAUACGGAAAAAGAUAUCCUUAUUCUAUAUCAUGGAAACGAUCUUGAAUUAUUUUUAUUCAGACAAUUAAUGAUUAAAGAAGCAUUUAGAUAGAGACUGAAAAGAGACUGCUCGACAUCGUGUUCACUGCGAUCGUGGUUCAAAAUAUUCAACUAUCAUCUCUACCCUCGAUACCCACGUGGCACGUGGAUAAUGUAUAGAUUUAUACUUGUUUGUUUAUUUAUUGUUAGGUAGCAAACAUGAAAAAGAAAAAAAAAAAUGGCGAAUAAAAUGUUCGCGGUGCAGAGAGGAGCCAACUUUUAGAUCAACCUUGACUGUUUAGCCUUUAGAUUUUAUUAGCUUUAUAAGAAUGACUAAAACAUUAUUUUGUUGAUAUAUAUAUAGUACGACACAUUAUUGAUUAUAAAUCAUAAAUAAUCUGUAAAUAUACGAGACCAAUGCAA